CUGUGUGUGCGCUUGCGCUGUUUGUGAGGCAGAGAGUUGCGUGCGAAGGGCUCGACAUGUCAUUCAGAGGAAUCCGCCACCUGAAACGCGAGGAAGUGAAGGCGACUCAAUUGGGUAUAAAGCAUCAGCCAACAUCUGCCCCGAGCAGUGCAAAGCUGAUGAAAACAUCAGAUCGGAGCUCACACAGGACCUCUACGAUUUAUUUGAUUUCCCUUGGAUCAUUUGGCAUUACCGAGUCGGUGCACCCAGAGAGAAGCAUCACUUUGCUGCACUUUAAGUGAAUGUGUCUCCACAGCCAUCACUAUACUGGAAUUAACUGAUACCCCCAGGGAUUUUGGCGCACCUGUUACCUCCACAGAGCGCGAAAUCAUGAUCCCUCCGGGAGACUGCAUGUAUGCGGGCAGAAAGAGGAGGAAGCCCGUCCAAAAACAGAAGCCGUCUGCUGCCAAUGAGAAAACCAACCCGUCCAAGCGGCACAGAGACAGGCUGAAUGCUGAGCUGGACCGGCUGGCCAGCCUGCUGCCGUUCCCCGCGGAUGUCAUCUCCAAGCUGGACAAGCUGUCCGUGCUGCGCCUUGCAGUUUCCUACCUCCGCGUCAAGAGCUUCUUCCAAGCAAACAAUGAGAAGCCCUCCAGGAAGCACGGCAUCAGCACAGCAUCCUCUAACCCUGAACCCCGGAAAGAGAGCAUUCCCCUGGGCACCACCGUCAAUGAAAGCAGCCUCCUGCUGGAAUCUCUUACAGGCUUUGCCUUGGUGGUGAGCAGUGAUGGCAUGGUUUUUUAUGCCUCUUCAACCAUUGUGGACUAUCUUGGUUUUCAUCAGACUGACGUGAUGCACCAGAAUGUGUUUGACUACAUCCACAUAGACGACCGUCAGGAGUUCAGACGGCAGCUCCACUGGGCCAUGUGUCCCCCACAGGGGAUGUCAGCACACCAGGACAGCCAGUUAGCUGCAGGGACUGGUGAGGACUUUGUAGUGAGCAGCCUGUUCCAUUCUGCGGAGGGAGGGGGAAUUCCUCCUGAGCUCUCCUGCUUUCUCAACAGAUGUUUCAUUGCCAGAGUCCGAUGCCUCUUGGACAGCACCUCUGGAUUCUUGACUAUGCAGUUCCAGGGUCGGUUGAAGUUCCUCCACGGUCAGAAAAAGAAGUCAGCCUCCGGGGCUCUGUUGCCUCCCCAGAUGGCUCUAUUCUGCAUAGGUGUACCCCUCCUACUGCCCUCCAUCACUGAGAUGAAAAUGAAGAACAUGUUAAUGCGGGGAAAGAACAAGGGAGGAGGUGGAGGGAUUAUCUCUGCACUGGAGCAUGAUGAGCGAGGGGAACACCUCCGGAGGCAUUCCUUCAGUGGAGGAAUGGGGGACAUUGCCGACCCUCUCCUCCUCUCCUGUCCCACUCCUGGGGCUACCCAGCGGGGUCACCACACUCCCUGGACCCCGCUCUCCAAAUACAACCUCAAGUACCGCCCUGAGGGUUUCUACAACCAGGAGGAGCCCCUCAACUACUGCAAGUCCACUGUGGAUCCCCAUAAAGGUGUCAGCCCAGGCCUGGGCGGCGGCUGGCCUCUGCGGCCAAACUCAGGUCCCCUGAGAGCAGGCCAGGGUGUUGGCUAUAUCCCCUCCAACCGCAUGAACAAAGCCGGCCAGUAUGGGAAGCCAUACCGCCUUUCCCCCAACUGCCACAGCGGCAGAGGUAACGAGGUGUUUGUCUCUAAGCUCUACGGGAACGUCCAGAUUCCCACAGACCCAGAUGCCUACUGUGUGGACCUGGUGAAGAACGAGAACGGCUACGGCGAAUGCUACGAUGGCCAUCUGAUGCCUGAGAUGCCACCCAUCAAGGUAGAGCAAGACUCGGACUCUGAGAACGGCUGCGAUGUCUACGGGCGACCCUGGGCUUGCCGCGACCCAGAUGCCAUCGACCGCCGCUAUGGUAACGGGGUAUACGACCAGAGCUCAGGCCUCCAUCUCAAAUCAGAGGGAGAUUAUUAUGACCCGCAGUACUCGCCCUGUCAGCGAGGGAAAGCAGGAAUCAGCCCGCCGUACAACAACGGCAACUAUCAGAACUAUGCAGUCAACAACAACGGGAACACAACCGGCCGUCUCUUAAAAGGCGACAAAGACUUGGGCAGUAACAAUGACAACAGCCAGUUUAGCCCUCAGAGACUCUCUCACUCAGACUCUCUAUGCAGCAACCAAUCAGUCAACCUCAUGGACUAUUCACAAGACCCUCACAAGGCCUACAUGCACCAGGACUACAACAAGCACAACACUUAUGAGUUCAAAGGGCACAGUCUGGUUCACUCGAUCAAGCGGGAGCCCAUGGACUCCCCCCCGUGGUCUGAGAGCGCUCAUGACAUGAGCCAGUCCAUGAUGGUUGGUCCACGGAACGUUAUGCCAUGUGUUAUGAGCACAGGGCACCACAAGUCUAGUCCCUACAUUUAUUUGCCAUAAAAGUGAUUAGUGCAAACACAGAAGAUAAUUUCAUGCACACAUGCAUGUGUACGCACACACACACACACACACACACACACACACACACACACACACACACACACACACACACUCACACACACAAAGUGACAUGCACCAGCAUUACAAAAGGAUUCCCAGGAUGUCAACAUUUAGCAUGACUUCUUCUAUUUGAUGAAGGAGUCACAAACAAGGCUCAGGUUCUAGUGUUAGCGUUGUGACAAUCAAAUAUAAUACUUUGAAUCCAGUUUAUAGAUAGAUGAUUUUGUUUUUAAGGAAUACAUUUUGUAGUUGGUUCCUAGCACUUUUGGAUUUAGUGACAAUGAGACGAAUUACGUCUAGAAACACAAUUUUAUUUUGUUUUAUGUGUUAUGUACACCUGGCUUUUGUGGGAGGAACAAAGAUUUUGCUGUAAAAAGACUUAUUUUUUUGGUAAAACGUUGUACACAGGAGCUGACUUACACCCACUGCUGGGCUUAUCAAAGGAGAUGGUUAAUAAGGAGUCCAUGAAAACAACUUAAGGAUAAUCUGCCUUGAUGGUGGUUUUGCGUGUUUAAGUGCUUUAACUAUGAAUCGUCUACCUUUUUCUUUACUUGCCCCCAGUGAUGUAUGAAUGGGAUCUACUGGUUUCUAUGCAAUUUAGACUUGUACUAAAUCAACUUUAAUGAGACUUGAAACUGAAUCAAUUGAAGUAAAAAAAAAAAAAGUUGGGUCAAAUUUACAUAAUUGUUGCCAGAUAAUACGUUUGCAACCAGGGUCUGUUUUGAAAACACUCAUUAUUCCGGCAUUCAACAACUCUGACAUCUAUUGGCAGCUGCAGAAUUUUUUUAAUGUUUUUAAUGUGUGACACAACCAAAUUCACAUUAUCUUUUCCACAACAGCUUUGCUUACUCAAAGUGUGUCCUGAAUUGGAUUUUCCAAGAGCAUAGUGUACAAUGCAAUGCUUUUGUCAGAACACCAAGGAUGACAGUUUAAAAAAGAAAAAAGAAAAAAAGGUUUCUCCUUGGAAAUGAAGAAUCCUUUUGAAAAAAUGUGUAGUUAAUGGACCAAAACAUGUAAAACUAUUGGCCAAAGUAUAAGUAUAUUCACUACAUCUGUUUAUUAAACUAGAAACUGAUAACACAUGAAGGCAUACAUAGUAAGGGCGGGGCACAGGAAGUAGGGAAACCCUACCACCACAUGUGGUUCAAGCAUGUGCUCCUUGGCUCUCACCUCCUUGUGGCAGAAAUAAAAGAUCACACUAGAAUUGCCCUUUAAAUUGCAGAACCUAAGAUGAACUUGGACCUAAGAAAGAUGGUCUGCGCCGGUUAAAUGACGAUGUUAAUUAUCAGUUGAAGGUUUGUUGGACAAGGGAGAAGUGUUUGUUUGAAUUGAAGGAAAAUAUUGUUGACAGUUUUGAUGUUCUUGCAAUGCGCACAAUCAUUUUAUCAUUUUAAGUAAUGCAAGUCCUGUUGAACAUACAAAUAAUUGAUUGAUUUAUGUAAUUUUAUAUCAAAGCUAAUGUUGUACAGUUUAGAUUAGUGUUUAGGCAAAAUCGGCAUUUCAACUCGAUACAGCCUAUCUCACUGCAGAUACGACACAUUUCCUUUCAAAUGAAUAUACACUUUUCGUGUUGUCUUUUGAGUCCGAAAACAUCAGACAUUGUCUUCACAAUCAAUAUGUUUGCACAAAUGCAUUAAAAGCACCACAUUUGAUUCAAUGUUAGAGUCUCAGUUCUGUGGAGCUACUGUUGUAGUUUCUAAAUUGCACUACUGGGAGUAGUUCAGUUGAAGUUCAGCCUACCCAGACAGGUUUUUUAAGUCAACACGCACAACUGUACAUGGUGUCACUGUUAUGACUUUGUCUUUUUCUCUUAGUGUGUGUUCAUUUCAAUAAAUGUAUGAUCAUUCGUAUUUAUUGUAAGAGGCAAAAGUGUAUAAUUUAAAAACUAGUUUUGAAGGCUUUUCUGUUUCAUUAAGGUAAAUAAAUAUGGCUUAUUUUCUUGCUAUCUUUUUGAUAAUUGUUAAAAAGACUGUCAUACUUGUCUCAUGGAGGAGGUAGCUGCAAGGUAGCGAACACAGUGUACAUAUGCAGUGUCUUCCAAUGUUUCUACGUGUUUUUUUUGCAAAUGGGACUUAUGUAUUAAAAUACUUUUCUUUAAAUGGAAA